CCUAGACAGGGGAAGGUGCACAGGUAGUGAGUGGGAAAGCCUAUGUGAAGAUCGCCUCCAUGGUGGCGCUGGCUGACAAUCCAGAGGCCUCAUUUUUGUGCCUUCGUUCUGUGCAUCUUGAUGUUUACCAACCCUCUGAAGUCCUGGGUCCCCGUAGGUCCCAAACGACCUACAUCCAGUUAAAGGGAAGAGGGUGCUCUUGAUGCUCGCUACCAAACAUGACAGCUUGAAUCUGAUCCCCAGGACCCACAGAAUGGAAGGGGAGAAAUCACGCCCCCCAGUUGUCUUCUGCAUGAGCACCCACAUACACACACCAACACACAAAGAAGUAAACCUAAGGGGAGAAGGGUGAGGAUUCCACCUAACCCAUAAUACAUUAAUCCUUCAAACUCACUCAGAGAACGUCAGCUACAAAAAGACAUUCUCCCCAGACUUGAGCCCCUUUGCUCUUCAAGAGGGAAGCCGGCUUCCAGCCAAGAGAACUGGGACGCUGGGGCCCUCUGGUGGCCACGCCGAGUCUUCGAGUGCCAGGGCAUGUGGCUGCUCCACCCCUCAAUAGCAGGAGCCAAUGGGAGCUUGGGUCCCCACCCCUGAGCAGUCACUUCCUAGCGAGUACUUAGAAUCCAGUCAGAAAAGCGCUUGGAGAAGCUGGCGGAACUGAGACCAGAAGGGCUGGGGCCCCACCUCAUAACCCCAGACCAGAAGGGCAGGAGAAGCUCGCUGGGCGGGUGGAGCCGGCAUUGUGCCUCUCAAGCCAUGGGCCGUUGGGAACUACAAUCGGCAAGCCUGUACGGAAGCAGGUGAGUCCUGGAGCUGUUGACCAGCACUGAGCUGCCCCGUCUCUAACCUGGUGGUCACUGCCAUGGCCUGGCUGGUGGUGCCAGGCAUACUGCUGUGCAUGGUGGGUGCUGGAUUAGGCACCUCAGAUUUGGAGGACGUUCUGCCCCCUGCUCCCCACAACUGCCCCAAUAAAUGCAUCUGUGCUGCCGAUGUGUUGAGCUGCGCGGGCCACGGGUUAGAGGACGUGCCGGUGUUACCUGCCACUGCUGCAGAACUCGACCUGAGCCACAAUGCGCUCAAACAUCUGCACCCCGGCUGGUUAGCACCCUUCUCCCGGCUGCGUGCCCUGCACCUAGGCUACAAUAGAUUGGAUGUGCUGGGCCAUGGCGUCUUCACCAAUGCCAGUGGCCUGAGGACACUUGACCUAUCGUCUAAUAUGUUGAGGAUACUCCGUAGCCAUGACCUGGACGGACUAGGAGGGCUGGAGAGAUUGCUUCUGUUCAAUAACCGCCUGGUGCACUUAGACCUGGACGCCUUCCAGGGCCUGAGCACGCUCAGCCACCUCUAUCUCGGCUACAAUGAGCUCGCCUCUUUCUCUUUCCACCACCUGCAUGGUCUGGGGACAACCCACCUGCGCACUCUAGACCUGUCCUCCAACUGGCUGGGGCACGUCUCCGUCUCGGGGUUGGCUGCGCUGCCAGCCUUCCUCAAGAACGGGCUCUACCUGCACAACAACCCACUGCCCUGCGACUGUCGCCUCUACCACCUGCUGCAGCGCUGGCACCGGCGGGGGCUGAGUGCCCUGCGGGACUUUGCACGUGAGUACACAUGCUUGGCCUUUGAGGUCUCCGCAUCCAGAGUGCGCUUCUUUGAGCACAGCCGGGUGUUUAGGAACUGCUCAGCCGCUGCAGCCCGAGGCGUGGAGCUGCCUGAGCAGCAGCUGGACGCACAGGUGGGACAGUCCCUGCGGCUCUUCUGCAACGCCAGCGGGCCCGCUGCACGGGUGGCCUGGGUCUCACCGAGAAACGAGCUGCUUGUCCCACCAGGGUCUCAGGAUGGCAGCAUCGCUGUGCUGGCUGAUGGCAGCUUAGUGGUGCGCAGGGUGCAGGAGCAACAUGCAGGCAUCUUUGUGUGCCUGGCAACCGGGCCCCGCCUGCACCACAACCAGACACUGGAGUUCAAUGUGAGCGUGCACAAACCUCGCCCCGAGCCGGAGGCUUUCAACACAGGCUUCACCACGCUGCUGGGCUGCAUCGUGGGCCUGGUGCUGGUGCUGGUCUACCUGUUUGCACCCCCGUGCCGUGGCUGCUGCCACUGUUGCCGGAGAGCCUGCCGUAACCGCUGCUGGCCCCGGGCACCCAGUCCACUCCAGGAGCUGAGUGCACAGUCCUCAGUCCUCAGCACUACCCCACCAGACGCACCUAGCCGCAAGGCCAGUGUCCACAAGCAUGUGGUCUUCCUGGAGCCGGGCAAGAAAGGUCUCAAUGGCCGUGUGCAGCUAGCAGUCGCUGAAGACUUCGACCUGUGCAACCCCGUGGGGCUGCAACUCCAGGCUGGCUCUGAGUCAGCCAGCUCCACGGCUCAGAGGGCCUCGUGAUGACCUAGUCGCCUGGGCGCCUCCACACAGGCUGUAGAACUCCUGCUGCUUGCCCUGUCUGCUGCUGCUGCAGUCCAGAGAACUGACAGAUGCUGGGGGGAUGCACUGUGCCUGGUCCUACAACUGCAUGUGAGCCUUGACCUGUACUGUAAUAGUUCUUCUCACUGGUAAAGGGGCCGAGGCUCCCCGACUUGCCUCUUGCUCUGCCUAGCUCAGGAUAAGGCCUCAGACUACUAGAUCCUGCUUCCCCUAGGACCUCUGAGUGACCAAACGUCCCAUGAAGAUCAGGGACCAAGACCACCAUCUGGUAAGAGCCCUUGCAUUGGAGCUCUGGGACCACUUCAGGAGUUAAAGCGGAUGCUGGGUGCAGUAUAGAAGUCAAGCGUACCACCUUCCCUUCCCCACCAGGGAGCUCGCCAAGGAGGGAGAAGGCAGCUCAGACAGUCCAGCCCCCACUCUUUGGAUGGAAGGAAUAAAUGAGCCCUUCCUCUGCUGAAAGAAGACCCAGUUCACCACCACCAGCCUCCAUCCGGAAAGCUAGACAACUCCUGUGUGUGGAGUCUGGUGGGCAUGCAUACCUCCUUCAGGACACUCCUGCAAGAGUAGCCCUGAUGUCUCCAGCUAAAGGGGGAGCCAUUUCCAUGGGCUCAUAACCCAGCAGGAAAAAGCCUGGUGAAUAUGACUAAUCUGGGAUUCAUGUCCCCCGAGGGCAGGAGGCCUCUUAAGGACUGGCAUUCCUCUCAGCCUAAUGGCUGAGGCAGUAUCCUGAAACCAUAUGUCUCUACCACUCCUACAGGCAGGUAGGGAAAGGGUCGGAGCCCCCCCCCCCCCCCCAGGAUGAGCUGGCAGCUUAGUCUGUCCUCGAUGACUGCUAAGGCAUUUUGUAAUAAAGGCAGUACAUGUUC